AUGGAGGAUGAUGUGUUCUGCCACGCCCUGGCCAAAGUCCUCUACCACGCGCCCACGCCGGUCACCGUGGGCUUCUACGCCCCGUGGGGCCACCGCAAAAACGUCCUGCUGCAGAAGGUCCAAGAUUUCCUGGUGGCCAAAGGGGAAGAGAAAGACCGGCAGGAGAUGGAGCGGGGCGGGCCGGCUCCGCGGGGCUGCCGGGGCUGGGACCUGGUGGCCGUCCUCUUCCAGCUUCUCUUCUUCCGGCCCGUGCCCGUGUCCGUGCCUGGGUCCGUGCCCGCGUCCCAGGACCGGUCCGCCCCCGCGCGCUCCAACAUCCAGCACAUCUUCAUCCGCUUCAGCGCCUGGGAGUUCGCCGGCAGCGACCGGCUCUGGGCCGGCCUGGUCACCACGCUGUGUGACCGGGUGGAAGAACACUUCGGCCUCCUGCCGGUCAGCCUCUUCCGGGCGCUGAGGCGGGAGCGGGAGCUGCGGCAGGCUGCGGCCGAGGUGCGCUGGGAGAGCAGGAAGAUCCUCUGCCUGCCCCUGUGGGCCGCCCUGGCUCUGGUGGCCGCCGUGGUCGCCAGCGUGGCCAUCCUCGCGCUGGUCAUGGGCAUCCCCCUGUCGCCGGGCGACCCCUCCGAGCGGGCUGUGGCGCUGGCCGAGGGGCUUGGCGGCGCGGUGGCGGGGGCGGCCGUGGCCCGGGCCCUGCCGCUGGUGGUCACGGUGGCCAAGAACGCGAUGGUCACGCUCAAGGGCCAGGUGGAGCGCCAGAUGAACCGGACGGACCUCAGCGGCCAGCUGGACUUCAUGAACGGCGUCAAGCGGGAGGUGCGGGUCAUCACGGCCUGCGUGCGGGCCAUGGAGAGCUUCCAGCGGCGGCGCAUCCGCAUCGUGCUGCAGGUCAGCGACCUGGACAAGUGCUCCCCGGACAAGCUGCUGGGCGUCCUGGAGGCCCUGUCCAUCCUGCUGUCGGAGCGCGACGCGCCCUUCGUGUCCAUCCUGGCCGUGGACCCGGGCGUGGUGGCCGAGGGCGUGGAGACCUCCCUGAGCCGCCGGGGCCUGUCUUACAAUGGUUACGCCUUCCUCAACCGCCUGGUCACCCUGCCCUUCUCCGUGCCCCCUAUGGGCCGCGAGUCCCGGCAGCAGCUGCUAGCCGGCGUGGUCAGGGACAACCAGCGGCUGGCGACGGAGACCAAGGAGGACGACGGCGACGGCAUCGGGGUGGGGGUCGGCCGACGCCGGCUCCCGGCCCCCCGUCGCACCUCUCUGGUGCUCGUCCACCCCGGCUCCGCGAUCCCCAGGGCCGCCAACGAUGAAGACGAUGACCAGGCCCCGGCCGAAGUCCUGGCCCACGAAAUGCAGCCUCUGAUGGAAGCCGGGGACCAGGGAGGGCCGGGUACCAUACAGCACAUCCGAGACGCACACGACAGCCUCCUGAGCCCCUCCAUGGUGGCCUUCAUGUCGGACAGCGUGGUGGACAUGAGGCGCCUGACCAACAGCGUGGCCAUCAGCAUGCACCUCCUGGUCCGCAGGGUGCCCCGGCCGCAGAUAAAGGAACUGCGCCCCCUGAAACUGGCCGCCUGGGUCAUGCUGGCCAAUCAGUGGCCGUGCCAUCUGAGCUGGCUACUGCAGUGCCUGGAGGACGAGCGGCAGCUGCAGGGCGUCGUGCCGGCCGCCCCCUCGGAGCCGCUGUGGGAGACCUUCGAGCGCUACCGGGAGGAGUUCGACCUGAUGAAGCCGCACCUGGGCCGCUUCCUGGUGCUGGACGGGGACCCCGAGCUCUUCCAGCAGUUCCUCCGGGGUCAAUUCCGGGACCCCCCCGAGCCCUUCCACACGAGCGAAGCCGACCUCUACCUGCCCGUCACCGUCAACCUGGACCUGUCCAUCAAGAGGCGGCUGGAGCUGCUGCGGGGGAGCCGGACCUCCAGCUCCAGGCCGGUCCCGGCGGUCCGCAGGCUCCCGGUGUGCGCGGGUCUGCGGCUCGGCGUGGAGGAAGUCUGCAAGAAGCUGGGUGACCUCGGCUUCAAGGGCGAACCCCUGCGGCGCUACCGGGCCCGGGUGAGAGAGCACAACCUCAACGGGCGGACCCUGCUCCUCAGCGACCCCCAGGACAUCCGGGAGGCCCUGAGCAUGAGCCUGGGGGACUGGGCGCUCUUCAGCGAGCACUUCCUCGGAGGGCUCCCGCAGGGGGAAACGCUGGCCGGCUCCCCCUCCGGGGGCCCCCCGCUGCAGGCCGGGAGGGCUCACAGCUGCGAGACCAAGGCGAAGGUCUGA